UUCUCUCGACAUGUCUCAGAAAGACCCCUGCCAGAAGCAAGCCUGUGAAAUCCAGAAAUGUUUGCAAGCCAACAAUUACAUGGAGUCGAAAUGUGAAGCCGUCCUCCAGGAGAUGAGAAAAUGCUGUAGCCGGUAUCCCCCGGGCAGGUCCAUCUGUUGCUCUGGGUUUGAGCUAGAGGAAAAAGAGAGGCAGAAGCAGAAAUCAGCUCCCAAAGGGACUCAGGGCCCGCAUGCCUAAGGAAGCGCUCGCCUUUCACAGAACGCCGGCCUUUUCCUGGAAAUUCAAAACACCUGCGCCAGCUUUCUCGAGCUAUACCUCAGCAGUGCUGUUUGCACCAGAGACCGCUCCAAGAAACAAAACGCCAGGCGGCUUCUCUCCGAAGCUGGAAAACCACAGUCCCGUCUGUUAGUUCUACCGACAAAACGUUGUCACUUCUGUAGCCUUAUAGUGAAUGAUGUCCAAGUAGACAAAUUUGGUGUUCCGUGUUCACUGUAACCUAAUCUAUUGUCAAGAGUAGCAAUAUUCCACUGCAAGGUCAAACCUGAGCAGGCUCGUGUUCUUGUGUGCGCACAGGACAGUCUGCUGGAAGUUAGAAUUUUUGAGACAAUCCAUUUGACGUGUUAUGUAAAUAAGUCUCUUGUUUGAGCUGCAGUAGAAACUCAUUUCCCCAUCUUCCCAGUCUGCUCAGAAACCCUCCGCUGCCAUGCGCAGCGCAGAUGUAAGAUAACGCCGGCAACUAAAGCUUUGGGAGGCAGACCCUCUUUCGGCUGGGCAAUACACCUUAGUUCAGUUACCUGUGUGCCUCAGUUUCCUCAUCUUUAAAACGGGAAGGUCACCUGCCCUCCAAGCUGUAGAUUUAUUAGCACUUGAAUCUAAUUGCACAAUACUGAGUAUGUGAACGCUGUUGUGGAAGCAGCAAAUUUUCAGGGAUAUGUAUGGUGUGGUUUGUUUGGUUUUUUUUUUUAAAAAAGCAAUAGUCACUUUACAGAAAGCCAGAGUGGUAAGAUGUAUUUUUUUUAAAAGAAAAAGUCCACACUCUGCAAUUCGAGCAAGCAAAGCCUGAUUUCGGCGAAAGGAAUUGAAUGUGACUUGUACCAUCCCCCUUUCCCCAAUGGAGACCCUACUGAAUUCCCCACCCUCCCUCCCUCCCUCCCUUUCUCUCUCCCUCCCUCCUGGGACUUUGAACAUCUUUUACUACUCUGUGUUCGUGAUGAUAACUCCCAGUGUUGCUGUAACUUCAAGACCACUGCAAUGUUCUGUGUACAUCAUAGCCAGGCGUCACCAAAGGCGGUGGAAAGAUUAAAUCUGUGUUAAGUCUCUUUAAAUACCAUGCUGCAAAAAUAUAUGAUCUGAACAAUUCUUUUUAA